AUGCUCUAGAACUUCCCUUACUUGGAUGUUCGUUUGCCAAGUGGCAAAUUGAUGCCUUCUAAGCUUUCUACCAAUGCCAAUCCAACGGUCAACAGAAUAGUAUUUCACAUGAGGGCAAAUAUCAACGCUCAUGCGUCGUGGCUAUCGUGGUUUCCAGGUAUCAACGAGAAAAAGGCAAAUAAAACCCCCGCAGGAACAAAAACGAAACAAGGGAAGAGGAGAGAGAGAGAGAGAGAACAGAAUGGCACCAACAGCAGCAGCCAUGGUCAUGAACAGAGCCCCCAAAACUAUACUGAUAACGGGGGUGAGCAGAGGGCUUGGCAGAGCCCUCGCAGUGGAGAUGGCCAAGAAAGGUCACACCAUUAUUGGAUGCUCAAGAGCGCAAGAUAGGCUCAACUCCCUCUUAGACGAACUAUCCUCUUCACAGCCGCCACAGGACAACAACAAGAACAACCCAUCUUCGUCUAAGCAUCUCCUCAUGAAAGUCGAUGUGAGGUCAGAUAGCAGCGUGCAGGAAUUGGCGCGUGCCGUGAUGGAAACAAAGGGUGUUCCAGAUAUCAUAGGUAAUGCAAUUGUUGCAGAUAUAAUUGCUUUCCCUUUUACUUCCGUGUGUUUUAGGAAGGCAAGAUCAUAUACAUUUUCGGUUGUGAUUACAAUUGAGAAUAGACACCUUGUUUGGGGUUUUGAUCUCAAACACUAGGCAAGAAUCUAUUUUGACAUUUUGCACUAAUAGCGCUGGAAAAAUUGAUGGGCUAUUAUAUACAUGUCCCUAGACUCGUUAAAAAGCACAUUAGAGUUCCACCAGGAGAAUGGCUUGUAAAAGGACAUUGAUAUUGCCACUUCACGUGAUGAUUUUCAUUAAAGUGAGCACAAAAUUUUCAUUUA